UCUUUGCUUUUUCGCUCUCCUUUCUUUUUGUCUUCUUAUUAACAAAACCUCCCCCUUCCUCCAACCUAUUCAUUCCCACAUUCCCCAACUCUCUCUCUUUCUCUUUCCCUUGGUUUUCUCUCUCACUCUCUCUCUGAUUGCUUUGGUUUUUGUACGUUAUUAGUUCUUGGUUUUAGAGAACUACUGGUCUUGGUCUCUGGUCAAGAUUUUCUUCUCUUCUUUCAAGUACGUAGAGGCCUAGAGGGUGGUGGUUUUCCCCUUUUUUCUUUUUUUCACAGUCUUCAACAACUACAAACCUCUCUAAAACAACUCACAACUCAGCUUAUAUAUAUAUAUAUAUACACACAUGGCUCCUGUUUCACUGCCUCCUGGUUUUCGAUUCCAUCCUACCGAUGAAGAACUCGUAGCUUACUACCUAAAGAGAAAGAUCAAUGGUCGUAAGAUCGAUUUAGAAAUCAUCCCUGAAGUUGACCUUUACAAGUGUGAACCUUGGGACUUACCAGGAAAGUCAUUACUACCAAGCAAAGAUCUAGAAUGGUAUUUCUUUAGUCCUCGAGAUCGUAAAUACCCUAAUGGAUCAAGAACUAAUCGUGCAACCAAAGCUGGAUAUUGGAAAGCCACAGGGAAAGAUCGAAAAGUUAACUCACAAACUCGUUCUGUAGGCAUGAAGAAGACCCUAGUUUACUACCGAGGAAGAGCACCACACGGUGCUCGAACUGAUUGGGUUAUGCAUGAAUAUCGUCUUGAUGAGAGGGAGUGUGAAACUGCUUCUGGCUUACAGGAUGCAUAUGCACUUUGUCGUGUGUUCAAGAAGAGUGCAACAGGGCCAAAGAUUGGGGAAACUUAUGCUACAACGAGUACUACUUCAAAUCAUCUUCAUCAUCAUCAUCAUCAUCAACUCCAAAGUGAUCGUUCCUCCAGCAUUGAACUCUACUCUGAUGGAAGAUGUGAUGAUUUUGAGAGCUCCAAUUAUCAAAUGCAAUCAGACACAUGCUCACCCAGCAUGCUCACAAGAUCAUCACCACUUGAUCAUAUGAUCAAUAAUAGAAGAGAUUUAAGAUGGUCCCACUCCCAUUUCCCCUCUGAAGAUCCUUUCAACUUCACAAAUCCUUCAUUUCCCAAUUGUGGAAGCAUGUCAUACGCUCCAUCUAAGGUUGAUAUUGCCUUAGAAUGUGCAAGGUUACAGCACCGGUUGGCGCUUCCGCCAUUAGAGGUGGAGGAUUUUCCUCAAGUUGGGAUGACUAUGCAAGCAACUCAACAUGAAAAUGCAAAUGAAACUGAUAUCUUGCAGGAGAUCCUUUCAGUUGCUCACGUUUCUCAGGAGCUGAUAAAUAAUCAAUCAAACUUUGGACACACUUGGGGAGGAAACUAUGCUCAACCUGAUCAUGAUUUUACGUUCGCGGUUGGCAAAGACAGCACUGAUUACAAUCAAAUCAAUGAGAUGGAUUCUAUGAGAUCAUCAUGGGCAGAUCCUCAUGCAAGGACUAUAGAGAUUGCAGAUUUGGAAGAUGAAUUCAGGACAGAAAGGAAGAUUGAGAACUUGAGAUGGGUAGGAAUGUCCAACGAAGAAGUAGAGAAGAGCUUCAUGGAAGAACACAAGGUAAUUCCAUUUGAUAAUAUUUCCACUUUCCGGAGAGAAGAGCAUGAAGACAUUCAAGGUGAUCAAUCAGGCCAUCAUAGCAGCUCAAAAGAACACAAUGACACCGAGACAAAUGAUUUUUCUCUCGAAUUCAUCAACAGCGAACCGGAUCAUGAAAACUUCAUAGAUGAUAGCAACAUGAAUGCUUAUUCGAGCUCUCCGAGCUUCGAGGUAGUUGAGGAAAUCAAAGUUAACCAUGGACUUUUUGUUUCAACACGUCAGGUAGCCGAGACAUUCUUUCACCAGUUAGUGCCUUCAGAGACAGUUAAGGUUUACCUAAACCCAGUGUUUGCAAACAAUUUCUUGGUCGAGAAGAAAGUCAAUACAGAAAUAGCCUCCCAAAACAAUGAAGAUUCUUUCUUUAGAAAACUUAAGACAUUUUCAGAGUUGAAGUUUGAAGAAAUUAGCAACAAAACAACGAAGCCAUGGUGGAAAAUUUCAAGCUCCAUUAUUUGCAGCCUUAGCCUUGCACUUUUAUUGAUGCACCAUAUAUGCUUUGGGGAAGACAUGGAAAAGGAUCAGAAAUUGAUGGAUAGUUUCCCUGAAGGUGGAGGAAGAGUUUUGGAAGAGAAAAGUAGUGAUUGCUCCAAUAACAUUGUCAAUGGGAGGAAAAGGAUUGGAAUUAUAAAGAAGUGGUGCAAUAAUAGAGAAGAGAAAGUUACAUUGGUUAACAUAAGAGGUGGGAAUGGUUUCGUUGUGUUUUUGAAGAAGAUAGGGAUUUUCCUUACAAUUUCUUUGGCUCUUUGUACAAUCUGUGGGCUAACCACAAUAUAAUUACCUCAUAGACUUUGUUUUUUUUUUUUUUUUAAAUUUUUUCUUUGUUUUUUAUUUGGGGUUUCUAACAAUAGUCUGUUAAUUGGGGAGGGAUUGGUAAAACCCAGCCUUUUCCAUAACAUCACGUAGAUAAAGCAUAAUUUGUACUUUUUAUGUUACAUGAAUUUGAUUAAUAAUUGUAAUUCAUUUUAUACUAAUGUUAUCUUGAUCUUUUAUUUAUUUCCCUUCUCAU